UCAAUAGUGGUCCCUGCAUCGUCGCAUCAUUGUCAUCAUGAACGCUAUAAUUCUGUUAACCGUCCUCGGUCUGACAAUGCCUAUUUUUGGCGAGGAGACGCAAGUGAAGAAACAAGACAAGAGAGGCAUUUUAGGCUUAGGCCAUGCUGGAUUUGGAGGAUCUGCAUUUCAAGGCGAUUCUUUAACGAUUGGAACUGGUUACGGGCAAAGCUAUCUCGGUGAUGGUUCUCUAGGUCAUGGUUUUUCUGUGCCUUCCUAUCCCCAUAGUGCGCCGUUAUAUUCAUCGCAAUAUUCCGGUGGUUUGGGAUACGGCGGUUUGGGAUAUGGUGGAAGAAGUUACUCUUCAGGAGGACUUGGUUAUUCUUCAGGAGGACUUGGUUACUCCGGGAUAAGAUCCGGAUACGGUACAGCAGGAUUCGGAUACGGUGCGGGAUCUCAGGGAGGACACGGCAUUGGUCUUAGCACCGGUUAUCGUGGAUGGUGAAAUUACGAGCAAUAUUAAUCAACAUCGAUAUGACUCUUUUCUCGAUUCUUUCUGUAUUUCUUUUUUAACUAUUUAAUUUUAAUGUUUGUAUCAUGCGGUUUCUGAAUAAAUUCUUUGUACUUUU